AUGAAGCGCGUCGGGGAUUUGGAGCACACCAUGGUUCCUCCUCACAGCGCGACUGCUGCAGCAAAGCAGCAGGAUAGUACAUUCGGAGUCCAGAGUCUUGCCGAUACUUUGGAGGCUGCUUUCGGCCCAGAAGGUACAGAUCCAGAAAAGGCUAGUAAGACGCAGCAUCAUGGGGCAAAGAGUUCAAGAUCCGAGUCGCAUAGCUCUUCGACAGAUUCAGCCACACCGCCAGACAGAUCCAGGAUAACUUCGGUACGGAAACUGAGGAGAAACUACACGAAAAAUGACUCGAUUACACACUUUAAACUUCCCGCCGCCAGCGUCGACGUUCCUUCCCCACUCCCCACGUCCGCUAUGGGGAGUACACCGAGGUCCGCUUCGAUAACGUCGCUCAAGCUGUCCGAUGAGGAGUUUGCCAUGGAUGAUGCUGCGAGCCAGGCCGUUGUUUCGAGUGGAGAGGAGGAAGAGCAGGUAGAGGUGCAGCCGGACAUGGCGAGCUUUCCGCAGCUGGUCAUGCCUGAGAUGCAGAUGCCAACCAGGAGGCCUUUCACAACCAGAGGCAAGGCUAUGGGAAAGCUGAGAGUUAUGGUGGCGGGCGAGACAGGUGUCGGCAAAUCGUCCCUCAUUCGAUCCAUCGUUCAGGCCUGCGAAGACAUCGUACACGUAGAUCCUCUAUCGCCCUCCCAGCCGAGCGCGCCGUCACGCCCGACGAAGUCGAAAUCCCGCACAAAGAAAGCCGAGCACGCGGUCACAACCCGGGUGACUGAGAUACAUGCGAGCACGAAGCCUUACCCUCAUUGGUGGACUGAUACCGAAGAGAGCGGCAUUCUGCGGAGAAGAAAGAGCAGUAUGGAUACUGUCUUGGAGAGAAACAUAUGUUUCGUAGACACUCCUGGGUACUCACAAGGUUCUGCGGAGAAGGAUAUGAGCAUGGUGAUAGACUAUGUCGAGUCGCUGUUAUACCAGACCUCAUCAGUAACAACGUUAGAAGACAAUGAUGUGCUUGGGGUCGUCAGUGGUAGUGGGGGCGUCCUAGUUGACGUCGUCAUAUACUUGCUCCCACCAAAUCGAGACAUCACGAAAGAUGUGGAGUACAUGCAACGGCUAUCGCACUUUACCAACGUCGUGCCUGUCAUUGCCAAAUCAGACACACUUUCGGCGCAAGAAGUGGUAGCUCUAAAGACGUCCAUACUCGCACGGCUGCAAACCACUGCUCUUAGACCCUUCUUCUUCGGAAAGGCUAUGGACGAUGCCUUACUUGCCGUACAGGGCCUUCCGGUCGCUAGGACUUCGGGAUCAGGAGCGCCAAGUGAGGCAGCUGAAUACCCCUUCACUACACCAACCUAUCCUUACGCCGUCUCCUCGACGUCUGGUCCAGACCACGAUAACAUGGAUGCGUCCUUGCUCAUGUCGCCCGACUACGUGCAGCCUCUUCUUCCCUCUGAACUCGCUCCACUAGUCAACCGGGUAUUCGAUCCUGACUCCAUUGCGUGGCUUCGGUAUUCAGCAGCGAAGAAGUUCUUAGCAUGGCGGCGCAGGAUUAAGCUACCAGGCGACUCUGUAAUGCUACAGAGUCUAGCUCAACCACGUAGUCCGACAACGGCUUCAGUCGGACUGAACGGAGCCCACCUAAAUUCAUCCGCAGCAUCCUCAGUAUUCUCCGCUGCAUCGCCAUCAGGUGUCCUGGUACCCGGAUCAGGAUCACCAUUCUACCCAUCGAACCUACAAUCCCCUCUCCUCGCCUCUUCUCCCUCCUUAGCCAACUCCGAGUCUCUCGAGCCCCUUGGCAACUUUUCACUGGCAAGAUACAACAACACGGCGCAAGGCGAGCAGCGCCUCAACGAAGUACGGAUAGCAAGAUGGGCAACAGAUCUGCAGCGCAGCCGACGAAACGAAAGAGAACGAUUCGAGGAACUCCAGAGCAACGACAGGGCUAAAUGGCUGCUCGAGCGCGUCGGCGAGGAGGUAUCGAAGGGCACGAUCGUCGCAUCGCCUGGCGAGUUACCGAGAGCUGAAUGGGCGGUAGUCAGACGCAACAGCGACGAGAAGAAGACUGUUAAGGUCAGUCAACGCUAUGCCAAAGCUGUUGGGCUGGACUCGCGAGAUCCGCUUGGCCUGUGCAAUUUCGGCGACGAAUUAAGGCGACAGAGCUUCGUUCUCGUGAAGGUGCUAGGCGGCAUGAGCGUGUUGGGUGCUGUCGUCGUGGCUGUCGUUAGGGCGUGCGGCAUUGAGACUGGGCUGCCUCAGCUCGGCUGGUGGGAGUGGAUUACCAACUCGGAGUGA